AUGGCACUUAUAUGGCUGAAGCUAAAAAGACUAAAAGAUGAGGUUAAGAGUCUGAACAAGGCUAUGGCAAGCUAUGAACAAAGACUGACUCAAAUUAGGCAGAGUCUGGAAUGUGUUCAAGCAGCUCUAGUCACUGAUCCUUUUAAUCAGAUGUUGAUUGAGCGGGAGAAGCAACAUAUGAGUGAUUUGGAGAAAUGGAGUACAAUAGAAGAAAGAAUAUUGAGCCAGAAAUCUAGAGCAACGGGGAUUGAUUAUGGUGACUCCAACUCUGAAUAUUUCUAUGCACAGUUGAAAAUAAGGGCUAGCAAGAAUAAUAUUACUUCUGUAUACAAUGACUUGGGGAUGAAGAUCACUGAUCUAAAGGCUGUGGGAAAGGAGUUUACUGAAUUCUUUACACAGCUAAUGGGGAAUGCUAAUGGAUUAAUGCCACGCCCUAAUACUAAGAUUGAUGAAGCAAUUAGGGAUAUGCCAAAGGAUAAAGCCCCUGGACUGGAUGGUAGAAUGAUGCCAGCAUGGAAUUGUACUGCUAUUACACUGAUUCCUAAGAUCCGAGCUCCAUCUAAAGUGAAAAACUACAGGCCUAUAGCAUGCUGCACUACAUUGUAUAAGGUUGUUGCAAAGAUACUGACUAGAAGAAUAAAGAAGUUUCUUAGGUGUAUGCUAACUGAUCUUGGGUUGCCCCAGAAGUUCAUCCAUUGGGUAAUGGAGUGUGUUUCAACAGUGUCUUACUCUUUCAUGCUUAAUGGUUGCCUUACCAAACCAUUCCAGGCCAGGAGAGGGAUUAGGCAAGGAGACCCCAUGUCUCCUUACCUAUUUGUCAUUGCAAUGGAGGAAGAUAAAACUUCAGCAACCAAAAUGCAGGAAACUUUCCGAAGAUUUUCUGUUGUGUCUGGCCUUUAG